AUGCCUCCAAAACCUAGAGAUAAGAAGAUGAGAAAUAGCUUUGGUAGCACUGAGCUAAAUACUGAAGAUAGACCUCAUGGUAGCACUGAGCUAAAUACUGAAGAUAGACCUCAUGGUAGCACUGAGCUAAAUACUGAAGAUAGACCUCAUGGUAGCACUGAGCUAAAUACUGAAGAUAGACCUCAUGGUAGCACUGAGCUAAAUACUGAAGAUAGACCUCAUGGUAGCACUGAGCUAAAUACUGAAGAUAGACCUCAUGGUAGCACUGAGCUAAAUACUGAAGAUAGACCUCAUGGUAGCACUGAGCUAAAUACUGAAGAUAGACCUCAUGGUAGCACUGAGCUAAAUACUGAAGAUAGACCUCAUGGUAGCACUGAGCUAAAUACUGAAGAUAGACCUCAUGGUAGCACUGAGCUAAAUACUGAAGAUAGACCUCAUGGUAGCACUGAGCUAAAUACUGAAGAUAGACCUCAUGGUAGCACUGAGCUAAAUACUGAAGAUAGACCUCAUGGUAGCACUGAGCUAAAUACUGAAGAUAGACCUCAUGGUAGCACUGAGCUAAAUACUGAUGGUAGCACUACAGUGAUUGAUUCUGAUUCUCUUGUUAAACAAAUCUCUGAUAUUUUCUCCCCCCAGUUCGAAGGGGUAAAAAAGACCUUUCUUCCCUCACAAAGGAAAUUAGACAAUUUUCAAAUAGGUUAA